AUGUCAACUUGGACGCCAUUGGAUAUAAGUUCUAUUUGUCCGGAGCAACACGCGCCUAUAACUCAGUGUUCUCCCACAGGAUACAUGUUCUUGUCGCUUGUGACUCAACUCUUUGGCGGUGUGUCAUACAGCGUGCCUAAUUUAAAGAAGAACCCAUAUAAUAAUGGCUUUUUAAGCACGAGCUACGUAUCGCCAUGGGAGAAUCCUACGAGGGCAUACGACUAUCCUUUAGAAGCAUUUAAGUCUGGUUACAGUAUAGAAACCUCACAUCCUUCACCUUAUAAGCAUAAAAAUAAUUUCCACUCAUUUGAAUCUAGUCCAUUACAAAAUCCGUUCUUUCACGAUUUUGGAUAUAAAAAUGAUUUUGCCAAAUUUGAAGCACGCCAACCAAUUUUUGAUUUCGAUUUCUUGAAGAAAUCCUUUGAAGAUGCAGAUUUUGCAGAUUCCAAGAAAGUUUCAGUGACGAAGGAAAUAAAAAUAAUAAAAAGGGAAACAGGGUCAAGAAAAAGAAGGCCAAUAGAAGAAUAUGAUUUUAUAAUUGUUGGUGGGGGAUCUGCUGGUUGUGUACUCGCGAAUCGGUUGUCAGAAGUAAAAAGAUGGCGGAUAUUACUAGUAGAAGCUGGACCAGAGGAGCCUGAUGUGACGAUGGUACCAGGAUUACCACCAGUACUUGCAGGAUCGAGCAUCGAUUGGAAUUUUAGAACACAACCUGAAAAACUGACAUGCAGAUCUAAUAGAGGUCAAACAUGUGCUUGGAUCAGGGGCAAGACAAUGGGAGGCUCAAGUGCUCUCAAUUAUAUGGUUUACAUGAGAGGAAAUAAACGGGAUUAUGAUUUCUGGGCUGAGCUGGGAAAUCAUGGGUGGAGUUAUAAAGAGGUCUUGCCUUAUUUUAAAAAAUCUGAAAAUAACAAGGACAUCGAAUCUCAUGAUAAAUAUUAUCACUCAGUCGGUGGACCAUUAAAUGUAGAAAGGUUCUCAUAUAUUGAUUCCAAUACAUUAAUGUUAGUAGAAGCUUUUAAAGAACGAGGGCUACCAGUAAAGGAUUUAAAUAGAGAAGAUAACAUUGGAACUGAUAUUGCACAAUCAACAUCUAGAGAUGGACGAAGGGACUCAGUAAAUGUUGCUUUUAUAAAACCUAUCCGAGAUAAAAGAUCAAAUCUCCGAAUCGAAGUGGAUUCUUUUGUUACAAAAUUAAUUAUCGACCCGCAAAGUAAAACUGCUCAUGGAGUUACCUAUAUCAAAAAUGGUAUACAAUAUAACGUAUAUGCUAAAAAAGAAGUAAUAAUUAGUAGUGGAACAAUUAACUCUCCAAAAAUUCUUAUGCUUUCUGGCAUCGGUCCUAAAGAACAUCUAGAGAGUUUAAACAUUCCAGUAUUAGCUGAUUUAAAAGUAGGGCAUAAUUUGCAAGAUCACGUUACCACUAAUGCGCUUAUCAUUAGUUUGUCGAACAAAACGUCAACUCAAGUAACCGGCCAAGAAUUAUUACAAGAACUUCGUAAUUAUAAAGAACAACAUCCUAAAAAGAAUGGUCCAUUAGCAACGACCAGUACAUUAAGCGGAAUCGGUUUCAUUAAAACCAAGUAUGAGCGUGAACAUGUACCGGAUAUACAAUUUCAUUUCGAUGCUAGAAAUGUAGAAGAUUUCUAUUCAGAUCCAACGACGUAUAUAGCAACAAAUAUUUUUCCAUUAUCCUUUUACAAUGGCCUGGCUGCAAGACCACUUUUGUUAACACCUAAGAGCCGAGGUGUCAUUUUUUUGAAUCACACUGACCCGGUAUUUGGUCCACCAUUGAUUUAUCCGUCAUUUUUCACGAUCAAAGAAGAUUUAGAUGUGUUAAUAGAAGGAAUGCGAUUUGCAGUUAGCUUAGAAGAAACGGAUGCCUUUAAGUAUAGUGGUGCUAGCUUUGUUAAAACACCUGUACCAGGGUGUACCGAAUAUAUUUGGGGUACGUACGAUUACUUUGCCUGUCUUCUUAUAGAGUAUACAGCCACUAUAUACCAUCCUGUAGGAACAUGCAAAAUGGGUCCAGUAUGGGAUAAAGAAGCGGUUGUUGAUCCAAGAUUAAAAGUGUAUGGUAUUAAUAAAUUAAGAGUAAUUGAUGCCUCAAUUAUGCCUAAGAUAGUAAGGGGUAACACUAAUGCCCCUACCAUAAUGAUUGCAGAAAAAGCGUCAGAUAUGAUUAAAGAAGAUUAUCUA